GACCUAUUGUAGCGGUUAAAAUGUGCAUGUCGUUUAUUAGAUAUCAAUAUGUCUACUCAAUUAGACCAUGGAGCUAUCAUUAUAGCUGCAUGAUUAGACACUUUCUCUGUCAUUAAACUAUACGAGAUGAGAGUUAAAGUAGACGGUAGAGAUUUAUAUAAUCGCAGGGCCUAUCUUGUGUCUAACUAGUCGAUCGUUCAACGCCGAGGAGGAUUGAUAAGAUAUUUCAAAAUUGUACAUCAUGGACGAGCAGGGCUUAAAAUUACUUGCUAUUUUCUGCUUAUUGAUAAUUGCAUUAAUAUUUGGAUUAGCGCCUCUCUACUUUGUGUGGCGAUAUCAAGACGAAAAUCAAGGUAGUCGGUAUCAAUUGUGUUUUUCCCUUCUGAACGCCUUUGCCGGCGGCGUGUUUAUGUCCAUCGCACUGUUACAUCUACUACCCGAAGUGCGUCAACUUCUCAUGGACGCAUUCAUUGCAAAUGGCAAGACGUACGCGUACUCAUGGGCAGAGUUUAUUGCGUCAAUUGGGUUCUUUUUCAUUGUGUUCCUGGAGUUUGGAGUUGAAUUAUGCCUCGAAAAAUUAGGUGUAGAAGAUCAAGAUAAUGAACAUUUGGCUUUUGCUUCACACUCGCAUUCACACAGCAUUGGUGAUGUAGGCCUAUACAACUACGAUACUGUUUCAGAAUUAAAUAAUGAUAAACACACUCCUGAUGAUGACGGAAUUAAUUCGAUUGCUUCAGAGGAACAUCCGGGGAGCAAUAUAGUGAUUCGCGCAUGUGUUCUUCUCCUUUCGCUAUCCGUGCAUUCUAUCUUCGAAGGGCUUUCACUAGGACUUCAAGCAAGUAAGGAAGGGGUACUAGAAUUAUUCAUCGCUAUUUCUAUACACAAGGGUAUUGAGGCGUUGGGAGUUGCAGUGAGUGUUGCUCAGAGUCGGACAAGAACCGCAAUUAAAGUGAUUUGUAUGGUUUUCUUUUCCUUGAUGUCACCCAUAGGAAUCAUAAUUGGGAUGAAGAUUACAUCCUCCGGGACAAGUUCACAAGGCAUGGUAACGGGUGUUCUACAAGGAUUAGCUACCGGAACUUUCCUUUAUAUUACGUUUUUAGAGCUUUUGCCUCGUGAACUAAAAUCCAAGACAUAUCGUCUGCCUAAAAUUAUGGCGGUAUUGCUGGGAUUUUUAUGCAUAGCCGGCAUUCAAGCAAUUUAGACCUUGUUUUUUUUUUUAUAACGAUUUUUAAAAAAUGAUCAACGUGCUACCACCAGAUUAGUCGACUGAGCUAAGCUGCGUUCUCGCAUGUGCAGAUGACUUUAAGUGACGUCAUUACGUUCCACGUCUACCAUCGUCAUGCAACCGAAAGCUCCCGUUGUUAGUCUUGGAUAGACCUGAGUGACGUUGACUGCUACUGUACUGAAUAUUUUAAGGGAUGAAAGUUCUAUUAAAAGGUUGACUGCACUAAUAAAAACAUUUUUCCAGUGAAAUUAGCAUGCAUUGAAGUACUGUAUGAUGCCGACGAAGGGUUAUACUCGAACCAAAGAAUAAGGAUGAUGUCUUUAAGCCUGGUUUGCAUACAAUCGCUACAAUGUCGCUCAGAUUUUAUUUUUUUUUUACUGCAGCCUCGCAUGCACUGCUGCUCCCGACUCAAUCCGGAACGUUCCCAGAUUUAACUGACCAAUCAGUUGAAUCUCGGAAUGAGCAGUGGCGGCAGGAUUUCCCCGAGGGGGGUUCCAAAGUCCUCGACGUGGGGAGGGGGAGGCUGAUGUCUUUGACGAGAAAAAAGUUGGCGUGGUCGAACUUCGCUAAAAACCUUUCGAAAGUGGUCCAGGGGACGUAACCCCCCGAAAAUAUGACAAUUUAGGGGUUUCCAAAGGCUUAUUAAUAUGUACAAAAAACAUAUUGUUUUUAAAUUGUGGGUUUUCUCCCCGACAGCGGAUGGGGGAUCCCCUAGCUCACCCCCACCCCCGUAGCACCGCCACUGCAAAUGAGUCGGCGGUGUUAGCGUGUAGCGAUUUUUUACGGAAACCAGGCUUACAUAUUUCAAUUAUUUUUAUUUUCCGUUGACUACCAAUAGUUUUUUUGUUUUAAAUUUGUAUUGUUCGACAAUGUAAUGUAUUUUAAGGUAAAAAAUGCAAAAUAAGAUCUAGGCCUAUUCCGUUAAAUAAAUUCACACAUGAGAAGCCGAUGAAACGGAGUACUGUAUCUGGGUUUGUCAACAAGCAAAGCUUCGACCCACCGGCAUUCAUUACCGAGCCAGUAACCAGGUUUAUUUUAGGGAGUUUAGGCGUACCUAGAAGCCAGAGGGGGUGGGAUGAAACAUUUCCACAAGAUAGGCCUAAUUACUUAUACUCAGUUAACUCUUUUCGUGCAACACUUCUUAAACUGUACAUAGGCCUAGGUAGUAAUGAGAUUAUUUGCACAAAAUGCCGAAGUCUCCAUGCGCUAAGCGACACAAAAAGAAAAUAAAAAUUAUAUAUUCUAAUAAAUAGGCCUAUAUAGCCCUAUAAUAUAUAUAAACCAAUUACAAAGAUCAAACAGCAUUGUCAAUGCCUUAUUGUAUACAAACGUUGACAAUUUCUAAAUAAAAAAAACUAGUCUGAGAUUACAAACCUUCGCACGAUAUUAUAUUUUAUUUUUCAUAGGUUUUCUUUUUUUUUUUUUUAAAUUAGAACUGCAGAUUAAAAACAUUUUAAAAUCUGCAUCUUAGUUCUCCAAUCCACCGCAAAUGGAGGCCUAGCGUAAGCCUCAAGUAGCAUGACCAUCAGUCAAGCUUACACGCCUUCCAGGCUGCUUCCAGUACACCGGCCAGAAUUUAAUAACACAUGUUUGGUCUACGGUCGAUCCGUUUGAGUCAACCCGGCCCAGCCAAUGACUGGGGCGAACGAUCGGCUUGAGUUUGGCUCUGUCAGCUGCGACCUAAAAGUGUAUAAACUCUACAUCUUACUUCUGAUGAGCAAAAAAUUUGGGAUGGACCGGGAUACAUUUAAUACUGUCAGUGAAAAUUUGAGGUUAAACGGUUCAGUAGUUUUUGAGUUAUGCUCCCGGAAGGACAAACACACAGACAGACACCUCCCCCCCCUACACACACAGACGGAGCUCACUGCAAUACCCUCUUUCCCUACUUCGUUGGGGCGAGGGUAAUAAAUAGAGGUUACAGUUUCCAAAAUAAAAACCAAAAACACGCUAUCGCCGCCUCCUUUGAAUCAGGAGAGUUUUGCAACGAUUGCGGUAAAAAAAAUAUAAAAAAAACAAAAAAACUGUAGCGACAGCGUAGCCGUAUCGAUUGUAUGGAAACUUGGGGGGGGGGGGGCUACAAUUUUUUUUCCAAAUGUUAAAAGCCGCAAGCUAGUCCUUCUCCAGCAAUUUUGUUUUCUCUAUCAAUGUUAAUUUUCUCAAUACAUUUCAGAUGGUAGAGAGAGAUUGAUUAUGUCAAUGAAGUCUGAUGAUGAAAAGAAACAAUGAAUCAAACAAGAUUGUGUAAACAUGAUUCUGAUCUGAAUACAUGUUUAAAUGAUCUGAAAUAACAACCAAUUAUUAAAUUAUUUAAAUGAAAUUCAAAUAAUAAUAUUCUUAAUUCCCAAUAAAAUCAUCUGACGUAAUCCAAUGAAGUGAUGGCACAAUUGCAAAACACCUAUAAAUACUCCAAAAUCUUACACACACACUUAACAACUACCGUACUUAAGCAUGCGUAGAGGCGUCAGGCCAGGCGUUGAAACAAAGUAAAACAGUGAUUAUAUAAAUAUAUAAUAAAGAAGAGGAAAUGGAGAUGGGCAGGUCACAUAGCAAGGACGGACGGAUAAUAGAUGCACAAGAAAAGCAAUGGAUUGGGUGCCAAAAAAUCGAGUCAGGAGGAGAGAUAGACAGAAAAGAAGGUGGAUGGAUGAAACACGAGAACUCAAAGGCAUUGCACGGAGGAACGGAGCACAGAACAGAGAAGAAUGGCAAGUCGAUAAACAGUCUUUCCUUCUGCAGUGGAGCGAAAUAACUAAAUGAUGAGGAUGAUGAUAUAUAAACACUGUAAAUACACUCCCACCCGUACAUAAUAAACAACAUAAAUCUUUAAUAAUGCAAUAAAACAAGGAAAACCUUCUCUAUCAAGAUUACAAUUUUAAUGAUCAAGAGAAACAAAAUAUUCUUUUUUAAGUACAGAAAUAUAACAAUCAUUUUAAAUAUAUAAUAUAUAGAUAUAUCUUAGUCUAGCGUAAAAAUAAGGCUAUUUCUCCAUGUUAAGUUACUACAGGCAUUACACCAGCAGAAAACUCGUUCACGUGUAUGUGUUAUCUUGUAGGCACCCAUGUCGACUUUCGCGUAGUUGCUAUAAUCACAGUAAUCUUCAUUUCUUGAAAGCACUAUAGAUCUCUAAAUACACAAUAGCUAACGCAUUUUUUCAUAAUCAAAAUAUAUGUUUAACCUCUAUUCCAAAAUAUAAUAUUCUAAGUAAUAACAGUUAAAAUAAAAUCCACAUACAUAGUCUUAAUCUGGUUUACAAUUGAUAAUACCAGCAACAAUAAACUCAACAGAAGUAAUGGUAAUAAGAAGUUAAAAAAAAACAAAAAAAAAACAAAACAAAACAAAACAAAAAAACAAAACAAAACAGCCUGGAGGUACUAAUGAUGUAAUACAGCUUACAAAUAGUUGAUUGUGUUUACAAAAACACCAAGAUUAAUUAUACACUUAUACCAGUAGAAAUAUAUUUCUAAGAAAUAAUUAUUAAAAAAAAUAAAAUAAAACAUAAAUUAAGUAUUAAUUCGAAUUCUAAAAAUUUAUAAAAUGAUAAAUUACAAAAUCAAUUAUGCACUUUUGAAAAGUAACUUAAAAUUGAAUUGAAUGACUUAAAAAAAAUAUGAAUAUUAAUCUACCAACUGUACAACAUUAAAUUUCAGGUAUGUUAUGGCUUUUUAUGAUAUUAAACCCCGUAUUGUUAAACAAUAGAGCAGCAAUUACGACCAAAAAACCAAAACCAAAUACACAAUAUUCAUAGCAUCCUCACUACCAUAAUAUACAAAAUUAGAAUUACUAUUAUUUCAAUAAAUUGUUAGUCAACCAAAAAUAUGGUAGCCUUUUAAAACAUUUUUGUGUAGCCUACGUAUUUACAAAGAAGCUAAAACCUACAGUUUUCAUUAAAAUAAAUCAUACGCUACCUUAAAAUUGCAAACGAUAUAUUUGGCUCUAAUACGUUGUCAUUUGAGAAUUCAUUACAAUUUUGAGAACUCGAGAAUACUUGCGGUUUUUUUAAGUGCGUUCAUGCACACGUCCGUCACACACGCACGCACGUACGCACAUAUCGGUCACAAGCAUGCACAUAAUAAUUCACGUGCACAAACACACCAUUCACGUACACAUAACACCAGCAGGCCUGCAGAUGUAUCUCUAACACGCAUAGAAGAAUAAAAUGCGGGUCUGUAAUUAAUUGGCAAAAAUUAAUUAACUAAUUAAUUAAGUAUGAAAAUUCACUAACUGAUCAUCCAUAAGUCCCACUAAAUGACUCCAGUAAUUUGUUUUAUCAAUAUUCCUAUUACAUAAUAACUCAUGUUAGUAGUUAUAAUAUUUGUUUAAAUUAUCAAAAUAUUUACAUUGAGAAUUUAUUAAAUUGAUAUCUAAAAAUUAAUUUGUCAAACUCAACCAUAAGUUGAUGCAUCAUUGUUAACACGUUUGAACCACAAAUUCAGACAUAACUCAACGCAUAAAUAGGAGAUAUAAUCAAUGUUAUAAGUACGUAAUGGUAGCAUAUUAGGGCUAUGUUGCAUAAGUGUUGAAAAUACAAAAAAAAAA